AUGCCUCUUCGCGCUAAGGUGACGAACCCUGCCUUCCGCGCAGCGGCUUCGAUGUCUACCACCCCUGAGCUUCCCAAAGAGCUCCCCGGCGACGAGCCCGAUGAUGUCCUCUUCAACUCCAUCUACGGUCUCCGCAGCAUUGAGCUCAAUCGGCCCAAGAAGCUCAACUCACUCAAUGGCUCUAUGGCUCGGAAGAUUCUGCCUCGUCUGAAGGAAUGGGAAAAGUCUCACCUUGCGAACAUCAUUCUGAUCUCCGGAGCUGGAAACAAAGCGCUUUGCGCCGGUGGUGAUGUGGCUGCCCUGGCACUCCAGAAUGAAAAAGGCGUGGAAGGACAGCGCGAAUCUACGGACUUUUUCGGACUCGAAUACCGCUUGGAUCACACCAUUGCAACCUACUCGAAACCGGUCAUCUCGUUCAUGGAUGGAAUCACAAUGGGCGGCGGUGUUGGUCUGAGCAUGCACGCGCCCUUCCGUAUUGCUACUGAGAAGACCGUCUUUGCCAUGCCCGAAACAACCAUUGGGUUCUUCCCGGAUGUUGGUGGAUCCUUCUUCCUUCCGCGUCUGGACGGAGAGACUGGCACCUAUCUGGCCCUGACGUCGGAGCGUCUGAACGGUGUCCAGGCUCUGUACGCCGGUAUUGCGACUCACUACCUGCACUCGAGCGUCCUCGGCAACAUGACUCAGCGUCUCGCCGAGCUCGUCUUCCCCGACCAGAUGAGUCUGCCCGAACGUUUGAACAUCAUGAACAAGACCAUGGCCGAGUUCUCGCUGGGACUUCCCUCCCUGCAGGAGGAGCCUAUCCUGUUGGCCGGUCAGAUGCGAUCUGCCAUUGACCGCUGCUUCAAGUUCAAUACCGUCGAGGAGAUCUUCCAGGCCUUGGAGAACGAGACGGAGCAGAAGGAGUGGGCGCAGAAGACCCUCGAGACCCUCUCGAGCCGCUCUCCCACCUCUCUGAAGGUGACCCUUCGCCAGAUGCGUCUGGGUAAGAAAUGGAGCAUCACAGAGACUUUCAAACGUGAAUAUGAAAUCGCUGCCAACUUUAUGCGUCACCCCGACUUCGUCGAGGGCGUCAAGGCUCGGUUGAUGUCCAAGCCUCCCCGUCAGGCUACCUGGCAACCGGCGACUUUGGCCGAAGUAUCCAAUGAGACUGUGGACAAGUUCUUCAGCAUUCCCGAGGGUGAGAAGCGUCUGGCCGUCUUGAGCGAAGGAGACUACAACCAAUAUCCCCAUGAGCGAUUUGCCCUGCCUUCCGAGGCUCAGAUUGAAAAAUUUGUUCGCAGCAACGGUCAAAAACCAAGCCAGGUGAUUGAUGAAUUUGUCGGACGAUGGAACCAGAAGGAUGGUGUGCGCGAGAAGGUCUCUGAAGUUCUGGCUCGACGGACAAAGAACUCGCAUGAGGGUCUUCUCUGGGUCGAGUAA